AUGUACGAUGGCUUCGAUUCAUCAGGGUCAUUGUCUCCAGCUACGGACGACCUAGUGGUCGUUAAUGCAGUCAUUACACCUGAUCUCUACAAAGCCACACUGAGCAUCGGGGGAAUGACUUGCAGCUCUUGCGUGAGCAGCAUCACCCGAGCUGUUCAACAAUUACCGUUUGUCCGAUCAAUAGAUGUCAACCUCCUCACACACAGCGGCACUGUCAUAUAUGAAGGCAAGCACCGGGUCGACGAGAUCGUAACCGCCAUCGAGGACACUGGUUUUGAUGCUACCGUGGAUAACAUCACAGAGGCUGAACCCCACCAUCCGGCUCAAAGAAGUGCAAUUUCGCCGAUUCAUCAUGACAAACGUUGGAGAGCCGUCUACGCUAUAAGCGGCAUGACUUGCAGUUCGUGCGUUGGUCAUGUCACCGAAGCCAUCAGAAGCCAUCGCCCCUGGGUAGAUCAGGUCGACGUGAACCUCCUGUCAAAUAGCGCUUCCGUCAUCUUCACUGGGAAAGACCAUCUACCCGAGAUCCAAGAAAGUAUCGAGGAUGCUGGGUUUGAUGCUACCCUCGACAGUAUCGUAGCCGAAGAUGACGGUAAGAGGGAGGUUGUGGAAAGAACGGUCAGUAUCCGUGUCGAUGGGAUGUAUUGCCAGCAUUGUCCUGGGAGGAUUACACGGGGCCUCGAAGAACGAUACGGAACGAACUACACUUUCGAAUUCAAGAAUCCGCGUCUGACGUCCAAGGCGCCUAAACUCACCUUUACGUAUCUCCCUGCUCCGCCCGAUUUUACAGUCCGACAUAUCCUCCAGACGAUCAAGGAUCUGGAUCCAGCGUUCCAGCCAAGGAUCUACCAUGCCCCAACCAUCGAAGACAGAGCUCGGGAAGUGCACUUGCGGGAGAGGAGGCACAUCCUAUUCCGCAUGCUCCUUUCGAUCACUGUGGCAAUACCCACAUUUCUGAUUGGCAUCGUCUUCAUGAGUUUGGUUAACCCCAAGAAUCAUAUUCGUCAGUACAUCAUGGAACCCAUGUGGGCUGGCAAUGUCACACGGACUACCUGGGCACUUUUCAUACUUGCCACUCCAGUGUACUUCUUCGCCGCAGACAUCUUCCAUGUUCGCGCAAUCAAAGAGAUUCGCGCCAUUUGGAGACCUGGCAGCCGCAUCCCGAUCCUUCAACGGUUCACUCGUUUUGGCAGCAUGAACAUGCUCAUGUCCUUGGGCACCAGUAUUGCUUACUUCGCUUCCGUCGUGGAGCUGGCUCUGGCGGCCACGAAGCAGUCUUCGGGUGGUAUGACUGACAGUUACUUUGACGCUGUGGUAUUCUUGACCAUGUUUCUCCUUAUCGGAAGAUUCCUGGAGGCCUACAGCAAGGCUAAAACCGGCGAUGCCGUCACCUCGCUUGGCAAGCUGCGACCCGAGGAAGCUAUACUCGUGGAAUCCGAGACUGGCGAUCGGAAAAUUGCGACGGAUCUUCUAGAGAUUGGUGACAUUGUUCGGGUACCGCAUGGGACAUCUCCUCCAUUUGACGGAAUAAUCAUCGAGGGCAACUGUAACUUUGACGAAUCCAGCCUCACAGGGGAGUCAAGACCGGUAAAGAAGGAAGCUGGCGACAUUGUCUACUCCGGCACAAUCAACAGGGGCCAGCCUAUCAAGGUCAGGAUCACCACCAUCUCGGGAACAUCAAUGCUCGAUCAAAUCAUCAAUGUUGUUCGGGAAGGGCAAACACGCCGUGCACCUGUGGAGCGCGUGGCAGACACCAUCACCAGUCACUUCGUGCCCUUCGUUGUAUGCAUUGCCAUAGUCACGUGGGUAGUAUGGCUCAGUCUCGGUACGUCCGGGGUUAUUCCAAAGGGCUGGAAGAACGAAGGUUCAGGUGGAUGGGCGCUCUGGUCUUUGCGAUUCGCCAUCGCGGUUUUCGUCAUCGCAUGUCCAUGUGGCAUUGGCUUAGCAGCGCCUACUGCUCUUUUUGUCGGCGGCGGACUUGCAGCCAAACAUGGAAUUCUCGUCAAAGGCGGCGGAGAGGCGUUCCAGGAGGCGAGCUCCCUGGACUGCAUCGUGUUCGACAAGACUGGCACUCUUACCCAAGGGGGAGAUCCUUCUGUGACCGAUCACGCGUUUGCACAAGCGCAAGAUGAGUCUCUUGUUCUUGGUAUCGUCAAGGCCUUGGAGGAAAGCAGCAGCCACCCUAUCGCUCGUGCUCUCGUCUCCUUCUGCAAUACGCGGGGAACGAAAACGCCUGCUGCGAAAAGUCUCGAUGAAGUUCCCGGGAAGGGUCUCAAAGGCACUUUUUGCCAGGAUGGCAAAGAGAUAGUUGCGAUUAUUGGGAACGAAGCCUACAUGGCAGAUCACCGUGUGUCCAUUUCAGGGGACGAUGCUGCACGACUCCAAUCUUGGAAGGCUAAAGGCCGUUCAGUGGCUUUGGUAGCUCUCUUGCAUCCGCUCAUUCAAGCGCAGAACCAAAGGCCGUCAAGCCCGGCGGCUCCGUCUGCGACCGCAAGACCGUCGUCAGUGGCGGAGCACAGGUGGGAACUGGCAGCCAUGUUCGGCAUUGCCGAUGCCCUACGACCGGAAGCCAUCAAAGUCAUCCAAGCACUCAAAGACCGCGGCCUGGACGUGUGGAUGCUGUCAGGCGACAACCCUAUAACCGCCAACGCUGUCGGCGCUCAGGUCGGAAUCCCCUCAUCCAACAUCAUCGCCGGCGUCCUCCCCGACCAAAAGGCGGAGAAGAUCAAGUACCUUCAACGCACGCUCACAAAGACCAACAAAACCUCCCUCUUCCGCAUCCCUUUGCUCUCCCGCUUUCACACUCGCAAGCAAGCCCCCAAACGUGCCAUCAUCGCCAUGGUCGGAGACGGCAUCAAUGACGCGCCCGCCCUCAGCACGGCCGACCUCUCCAUCGCCAUCGGCUCCGGCUCCGACAUUGCUCUCUCAUCCUCCUCAUUCAUCCUGAUCAACUCGCAUUUGACGACCCUGCUGACGCUGUUGGACCUCAGCCGCGUCGUCUUCCGCCGCGUCUACUUCAACUUCGGCUGGGCGCUGGUUUACAACUUGAUUGCCAUGCCCGUGGCCGCCGGCGUCCUCUAUCCGAUCAAGACCGGCACGACCCACAUGGCCAUGCAUCAUAAUGGCGUGGGCAUGGAGGGUGGCAUGGGCAUGGGGGACGGUGGCGAGAAGCAUGUGAGGUUGGAUCCCGUGUGGGCGAGUUUGGCAAUGGCACUGAGUUCGGUGAGCGUUGUUUGUAGCAGUUUGGCCUUGAGGACGAGGAUCCCAGCAGUGGGGUUCAGGGACAGGAAGGAGGCUGAUAAUGAGGUGGAGAAUCAGGGCAUAGCGUGA